CGGCGGCGCUGGCGGUUUCUCGCGCGGUGGUGGCCGUGGCGGAAGCAGUUUCGGUGGCCGUGGAGGUCGCGGUGGCAGCGGUGGUUUCUCACGAGGAGGCGGUGGUGGAGGGUUCGGCGGUGGUCGUGGACGUGGUGGUUUCAGCCGUGGAGGCCGAUAA